AAACAAGAAUAGUUCCCUGUACCUGGUGAUUCCGCUUACUGGACGAGUUCAAAAAGUCACUGAUAAUCACUUAGAGUUAUUGUAGAGACGAUUCCUCCCACCAGGCGUAUGUAGAUUUGCCAUCUCUUAAACCCUUGGCAUCAUUGUGAAGAAAGUUAAGACAAGGCCAGCCCCUGGGCAGCAGGGGCAGUUGGCCAGGAUGCAAUAAUUCCCAACCGGACCGCCAGGGAGCAGCAGAGCUCGACCCGGGUUGCUUCAUCCACAGAAAAAAUUCUUAAUUCCUUCAUAGGUGUUCUUCUUGGCUGUUUGCGUGGUCCACAAUCCCCGUGCACACGGCUGCAGUAAUCCCGCCCAUUAUUGACUAUCCAACCAAUCACGAGUGUUCUGCUUGGGGCCGGGCCAGAAUGCUGCGUCGGUCACUAGGAGCCCCGGAGUUGGGUGUUUUAGCCCCGUCCCCCAGGCGGCUCGGCCAAUCCCCUGAGGCGAAGCAGGACGACACCCAGGCUGUGUCCAGAAGACCACGUGGCCCCAGGAGGCGCCAGUGCUAGCCAUGGGCGUGCAGCCCCCCAACUUCUCUUGGGUGCUCCCCGGCCGGCUGGCGGGGCUGGCCCUGCCCCGGCUCCCCGCCCACUACCAGUUCCUGCUGGACCAGGGUGUGCGGCACCUGGUGUCACUGACGGAGCGCGGGCCCCCGCACAGCGACAGCUGCCCCGGCCUCACCCUGCACCGACUGCGCAUCCCAGACUUCUGCUCGCCGGGCCCAGAGCAGAUCGACCGCUUCGUGAAGAUUGUCGACGAGGCCAACGCCCGGGGAGAGGCGGUGGGAGUGCACUGUGCCCUGGGCUUUGGCCGCACGGGUACCAUGCUGGCUUGUUACCUGGUGAAGGAGCGGGGCCUGGCUGCAGGGGACGCCAUCGCUGAGAUCCGGCGCCUUCGACCCGGCUCCAUCGAGACUUACGAGCAAGAGAAGGCGGUCUUCCAGUUCUACCAGCGAAGGAAAUAAGGGACCUCAGCACUCUUCUGCCAGGUCCCCCGCGGCCCUGACCUGUGUGUUAGAUGGGGCCAGAGACGCGGAAGUGAACUAGAAGUGCUAAGCCCUCCAGCGCUCGCUCGGCUGGCUCAAAAGACAGAAGUAGCCCUUCCCUGCAGGCAGGUCCUGGUAGGAGGAUGACUGCAGCAGCCCCAGUGUGGGGUGUCCCUCGGCCGCUGCCUUGAGUCAAUAAAGAACCAGCU